UCAGUAGCCAGUGCCCAGUCAGAGGUUCUCGCGUCGGCAGCAGAUGUUGAGUCGCGGCGAGGACCAUGCGAGCGGUGCCUGGUCCCUCCCUGGCUGAUGUGACGGCGGCGUGACAUGAGGUGACCUGCUACCUGGCGGGCGACGAGGGGCAGAAGCAGGCGGAAACAGCUGACGAGAGGAGUUACGCGCGGGGCCAUGGCGGAGGGCCCGAAGUGCCUGGAGGACGCGAGGCAGGAGGUGGGGGAGCUGUACACGGUGAUCUUCCACUACAUGUUCCCGGUGCUCAUCGCGACCGGAAUCGUCACCAACUCCCUCAACCUGAUCGUGCUGACGCGGCCACUCAUGCGCGUCAGGACCUACAGGUGGCUCCGCGCCCUGGCGUGUGUGGACCUGUCCCUGUGUGUGCUCACCGUGCCCGUGUGCCUGACCAAGGGCGGCAUCACUCCCCUUGGCUCUCGGUCCCUGGCGGGUUACUACGCUCACUUCGGCUGGUCGCUGAGCAUCGCGGCGCAGAUCCUCAGCUUCUACCUGAUGGGAAUGUUCGCCUUCGAGAGGUUCCUGGCGGUGUGUCGCCAUGACCUGUACCCGCGCAGCCAGACUGACAGCAUGUAUCGGAACGGCGUGGUCACGGCCACAAUUGUGGUGCUGCUGAUGUACGUGCCCACCAUGGUGGUGGGUACCGUGGACAGAGUUGACAAAGACUGGUUGCCCACUGACGGCUACUCCAAGCAGCACCAAUGGCACGCAUGGUACCCGGCCUACGCCUGGCUCAGGGAAAUAUUCUCCCGCCUUGUGCCCGCCGUCGUCAUCACCUUCUGCAAUGUGCGUAUCACGAUGCGCCUGAGGCACCUGCGUAGCAUUCAAGAAGGCUUCGGCCGAGGCGUGCCGGCGACCAGGCGGGAACGAGAGCGACGCCUGGUGCUGUUGCUGUUCUGGUUCACGGCGCUCUUCUACAUCUUCAACGCGCCGGUCAUUGUGUACUACCUGGGCUUCUUACACACCAAUCAGGACCACUGCGGUAAGCACCUGGCCUCUAGGCUGCUCACCUUUGCCGGUAUCUCCAAUCUCCUGCAGAUGAUGGGCAACGUGUCCAACUUUGUCCUGUAUUUCCUCAUCAGCCCAGAGUUCCACAACAUCCUUUGCAGCCUCCUCAAGUGUAAGUCCUUCAACCUGGCCGCAGGGAUGAGGACAGUCUUCUUGCGUGCUCCUAAGAUAGCAUCCGCCACAACCACCAUAACCACCAGCGUCAGCAGUUCCAACCCAGCCACCUCCGCUGCCACCGGGGAAACGGAGGAUGAAUCUCCAACGCAGUCUGACUCUGGUUACCAACAGGACGUGGUCGGCAGCAUCACGCCUCCCCGCGGCAACAGUUACUCCUCGGGGGACGAGGGCCGCGGGGUGGGGGGCGGUGGGUGCGUCUGAAGCAGCCCUGUCCAAGGCCCUGCCAUCCGAAGCAACGCAAUGUUGGUUCUUCCUUGGAAAUGAUUUUGCUUGCUAUGCGAGGGGCGUGCGUCACUGCCCCCCGUGCCCUGCAGUGAUGGUGUGUUGUACUGCGUGGUGCCUUGCAGUGGUGCUCUCUGGCACACUAGUGAUGGUGGCCCUGGUGGGGGUGGUGGUGGUGGCGGUGACAUAACACUCAUCAUGCUCCUUGACAUCACACUGAUGUGCGUCAGGUCGUGUGAACAUAUUUUUUUUCUGAUUUAGUACAAAUAAUCAUUAUUAUUAGAUAUACCUAAAUG